AUGUCCAAGUCGUCUAAGCGCAGGCCGGGUCAGGGCAAUACCGACCUGGCCGGCUCGGGCGGUGUCACCAGUUCUAGCAAGAGGCCUCCUCCUCCGCCUCCCUCUCAUCGUGGCCCUCGCGGAGCGGCCGAGCCAGACAGCGGUGAUGAACACCACGAUUCUCAAGAGGAGGAUGAGGAGGGUGAUGCAGAUGAGCAUGCCAGAGUCUCCCGAUCUCGAGCUGGCAGUGAUGAGGACGAGACGGCUACUGUGCCCAGCAGUGGCUACUCUUCAUACACCACUGGCUAUUCUUCCAGCGAUGAGGACGAAGACGAAGAAGACAAGGUCCGCUCUCUCACCCGGCAAUUGGCCGAGACUGCUGUCGGGGUGAGGGAAAUGUCCAAACAGCUGGGCAGGGCAAGGGUGAAGAGCAAGAUCAACUCGGUAUUGAUCAUCACGAAGGCAAGGGACAACGAGCUCAUCAAGUUGACGAGGGAGAUUGCACUGUGGCUGAUGCUCACACCGAGAAACGGCCUGGAUCGAGGAGUCGUCGUCUAUGUCGACUCUCAGCUCAGGAAUUCGAAGAGAUUCGAUGCAGCUGGUAUUCAGAAGGAGCAUCCCGAGCUGUUCCAGCCCGUAUCGAGGGGAAGUCGAGAAGGCAAUGGCUAUGGUGGUAAUGGCAGUGGCAGUGGCAACGGCAACGGCACGAACAAGGACGUGGGCCAGCUACGAUACUGGACAGCCGACAUGUGCUCCAGAUCGCCCCACCUCUUCGACUUUGUCGUUACCCUUGGCGGAGACGGCACCGUCCUCUUCUGCUCUUGGCUCUUCCAGCGCAUCGUACCUCCCGUCCUGCCCUUUGCAUUGGGCUCAUUGGGAUUCCUGACCAACUUCGACUUCAGCGACCAUCAGCAAGUCAUGAAUUCUGCCAUUGAGCAGGGUAUACGCGUCAAUCUAAGGAUGCGUUUCACGGCUACAGUCUAUCGUGCCAAUUUGCCCUCGAGCGAUGCCACUGUCGAUCGGCAGCGCAGGCAGGCCAUCAAGAGUGGUCGGACUGGCGAGAUCAUCAUGCGCAACGUCAAAGAAGGAGGCUGGGACCGUAUCGAAAGGCCUUGCGGUGCUCCCGGACCGGGUCCGAGCGGCAUCAAUGGCGACAACGUCUCACCAAAGAAGGACCGAGAAGUGAUGUGCUUUUCGACUCGUCCUGUUGAGACUUUCGAGGUGCUCAACGAUCUCGUCGUGGACAGAGGGCCGUCGCCAUAUGUCUCCUUACUCGAAGUCUUUGGAGACGAGCACCACAUGACCACCGCUCAAGCCGAUGGACUCUGUAUCUCGACGCCUACUGGCUCUACUGCUUACUCCCUAUCGGCCGGUGGGUCUCUUGUCCAUCCUGAGAUUCCGGCAAUUCUCAUCACUCCCAUCUGCCCGCAUACCCUGAGCUUCAGGCCAAUGCUUCUGCCAGACUCGAUGGAGCUUCGUAUCGCCGUGCCUUACAACUCGCGCUCUACAGCCUGGGCCUCCUUCGAUGGUAGAGGGAGAGUUGAACUCAAGCAGGGCGACCACAUCAAGGUCACUGCAAGCCGAUACCCCUUUCCCACAGUGUGCAACGAGACACAGAGUGUGGACUGGUUCAACAGUAUCAGUCGUACCCUCAAGUGGAACGAGAGGCAAAGGCAAAAGAGCUUCGUCGUCGUCGAAGAGGGAAGGGAGAAUAAGAACAAAUCUGCCGAUCCACAAGCCGGCUCCGCCCCUGACACACCGGACGAGAAGGUCGCCGACGACGACGAGGAGGCCGAGGAUGAUGACGACGACGAUGACGAUGAUGACGAUGACCAGCAAGAAGAAGCAUUCGACAUCGACGAUUCAUCCACUGUCGCAACAAGGGCCUCGAGUCCUCAACGGCAGCCCCCCGGACACGCUCUUUCUCACGAUACUGGCCUCGGCUCUCGUCGAGCAUCUCAAUCUUCCGGUCGAAGGUCAUCGUUGCAUCACCAACACGGCCACCACCACCAUGGUCACUCUUCCGCUCCUGGCUCGCACCGACCUUCCUUUGACGGACUCCACAGGCUUAUGCCGUUCACCACCUCCGCCAGAGGCACAGACUCUGCUCCUCUGAGCAGGACGAACAGCGUUAGCGGCGGCCACUCGAGGGAGCGUUCGGGCAACAAGGCCACUUCGGCCACGACGAGCCUCGAUACAAGCCCGACGAAGAAGCACGCCAGCUUUGAAACGCCGUCUAGCGGACGCGCGGGUGAAGCAAGCGCCGGAAUCUCCUCUCCGCAAGCCUCUACGCUCCUCAAUAGUCCGGACCGCUUUGCUGCGGGCCCGCCAGCACCUCCUCGCGCCCUCUCUCACAGACACUUUGCAGACGCCGACUUCCGCCUUGAUGGUUCUGCUCCACACUCCGAGGACGAGGACGAAGAAGACCCGGAUGGAGGCGCGCAGCAACAGAAGGGUAAGCAGAGGUCCAAGCGGCGCAGCAGUAGCUCAGCCCGCAGCGGGGGUGAUGCAGCCAAGUCGAAGACCAGCACUGCAAAGUCAGCGGGCAAGGGAAAGGUAGAGCAGGAGAGGGAAGGCGUGGAGAUCACCUCCAGAGGUCUUCGAGCGGCUGAAGACGCCGUAAAGGGCGCGGCGGAGAUUCUGCAUCGACAGCGCAGUGAUAGUCGCGGAGAGCGGGAGACUGGACGUGACUCUGCAAGAGAUUCCUCUAGCGCAAGACGCCAAGCUGGAUCCGGAGCAGCGUCUGCAUCUGCUUCGACCUCUCCCUCUUCGCGCAAAGGCGAUAAGCACAGGAGAAAUCGCAGCGGCACCGGAGCAAGUACCGCAAGCACGAGCGCAGCCACAGGCGCGAAGUCUUCAUCCAGUCGUAGAAGUCGCAGAAGCGAAAAUGCUGGCGAGGCUUCGAGUGGGGGUGGGGCUGUGCAUGACAGGCGCAACAACGACUCUGUUGGUCCCGGCGGUGGCGCGGGCGGCGGCGGAGGAGGAGGAGGAGGGGAAGCAAGUAGUGCUAGCGGUGCAUCUGGGGGUACUGCUCUGGUCGUGUAUGGCGAGGAUAGCAGUAGUGAGAGUGAGAGUGAAUGAGGAGAGGGACGGAAUCAAGAGAGAGGCGGGAUGUAGCAAGUGGAAUAGCAGAGGGCGGACUUGUAUAAUGCAAGGCAGUGUGCGGAACGUAGUAUAUUUGUUUGUCUCCUUCACUACGUCUUCAUAGCGCCCAACAAGCAUGUCACACCCCUAAGACUACAUCGUCGCUUCGUCCAUCUACAAGCCCGAACGCGCGGGAGGGGCUGGCGGGUGAUACAGCUGACUGAAGGGCUCUCGCUUGCCGUCUGCUCCACGGGGCAUCUGUAGCCAGUUGCGCUCGUCGAAGUGCGCCCGUGUGG